UAGCGUUCUCUUGCAGCCUCACCCGAGCACACAGGGAGAGGAUAGCCGCGCGGCGCGAGAGCUCUCUGGGCCCCAAUUCCUCUUGAGGCCGUCGUACAGUCCAGGAAAUGUCUAGGAGCCCGCCUGCGGAGGCCAUAGGGCUGACCCUCGCUCCCCGCCCAGGACCCGACCGAACCUGGAGAGCGGAUGUCAGCCGCGGGCGAGGCGCCAGGACAGGAAGGGCCACCGGGCCUCUCAGGAUCAGCCUUCAUCGCCACUGUUCUCACCUCUUUGUCCGCCGCCUUCUCCUCAAUGCCUAGCAGCGCGUACAGGUCCAUUUGUAAGAGCUCCUUGGUCACUGCCAUGGUUCCCGCCUGACGCAAUCGUACUACAACUCCCAGGAGUCAAAGCGCGCGUGGGGACUGCCGGCUCCGAGUGGCGCCUGGCCCUCUGGGAACUGUGUUCUGGGUCAGGAUUGACUGACUCAGGAAGGCCGGCAGUCGUGAAUGAACUACGAUUCCCAGCAGCCCCCGCUCCCGCUGCUGCGGUACACUGGCUGCGGAUGAGCGUCCGGAUUCCCUGCUCCAGGCUGCGGCCGGACAGUGCUAGUGGGCGUGUGGGGAGGGGCAGGACAGGGAAGGGAAGGGAAGGGAAGGGCGGAGCUGGGGUGAGGGUCCAAGGGGCUCAGGACUUGGCCAGCGUGACCUCAACUCUUCAGACCCUGCACCGCUGGGAGCCAUCAUGGAGAGUAGGUGCUACGGCUGCGCUGUCAAGUUCACCCUCUUCAAGAAGGAGUACGGCUGUAAGAAUUGUGGCAGGGCCUUCUGUUCAGGCUGCCUAAGCUUCAGUGCAGCAGUGCCUCGGACUGGGAACACCCAACAGAAAGUCUGCAAGCAGUGCUAUGAGGUCCUGACCAGAGGAUCUUCUCCUGCCAAUGCCUCCAAGUGGUCGCCACCUCAGAACUAUAAGAAGCGUGUAGCAGCCUUGGAAGCCAAGCAGAAGUCCAGCACUUCCCAGAGCCAGGGACUGACACAACAAGACCAGAUCAUUGCUAAGCGCCUAGCACGACUCCGCCAAGAGAACAAGCCCAAGUUAAUCCCCUCACAGGCAGAGAUAGAGGCACGACUGGCUGCGCUAAAGGAUGAACAUCCAGGUUCCAUCCCUUCCACCCAGGAAAUGGAGGCUCGGCUUGCGGCAUUGCAGGGCAGAGUUCCACCUUCUCAAACCCCCCAGCCGGCACAUCUCACACCAGACACCAGGACUCAAGCCCAGCAGACACAGGAUCUGCUAACGCAGCUGGCAGCUGAGGUGGCUAUCGAUGAAAGCUGGAAAGGAGGAGGCCCAGCUGCCUCUCUCCAGAAUGACCUCAACCAGGGUGGCCCAGGGAGCACUAAUUCCAAGGGGCCAGCCAGCUGGUCCCUGGAGGAAGAGAAAAGCAGAUUGCUGGCUGAGGCAGCACUUGAGUUGCGGGAGGAGAACACGAGGCGGGAACGGAUCCUGGCCCUGGCCAAGCGACUGGCCGUGCUGCGGGGACAGGACCCCGAGAGAGUCACCCUCCAGGACUAUCGCCUCCCAGACAGUGAUGACGACGAGGAUGAGGAGACAGCCAUCCAGAGAGUCCUUCAGCAGCUCACUGAAGAAGCUGCCCUGGACGAGGCAAGUGGCUUUAACAUCCCUGUGGAGCCGGCUUCUCGACCCCGGACCCAACCCCGCAGGGUAGAGCCUGAGGCCCAGGAUGCGGAUCCCAGGCCUGAGGCUGAGGAAGAGGAGCUCCCCUGGUGCUGCAUCUGCAAUGAGGAUGCCUCCCUGCGCUGUGCUGGCUGCGAUGGCGACCUCUUCUGUGCCCGCUGCUUCCGGGAAGGCCAUGAUGCCUUUGAGCUUAAAGAGCACCAGACAUCUGCCUAUUGCCCUCCGCGUGCAGGCCGAGAGCACUGACGACACCCUGGUUCUCCUGGAAAGGCAGUCCCACAGCAGGCAGGACCGGUUUCUGGGCCCAGCCACAGGAUGUCCAGUGGGAGAGCUCUGGCUCUGUUGAUGAUGGGUAGGCCCCUUCAUGAGCCUUGGUUUCCCUGGAAUGAAGAAAGAUUCUCCAUUCGAGAGGAUGACUGGGAGGGCCAAGUGCAGAAGUAGAGGCCCUCCUACUAGAAGCCCAGACUAGAAGUGAGAGGCAUGAUGGGGAGAGACCAGACCGAAUCUACAGGUGAGCCCUGUGACCUGACUCUAGGGCACAGGGCUCUCCCUUGACACUUAGUGGAUCUAAUAAAGUAUAUUGAUUCAUUGGA